GGUUGACGCCGGCGCGACGCCCGAUCAGCUGGAUCUGUUCGGGUCCGCUCAACAGGUCGGCAUGCUUUUAGACCUAUCGCCCCGCGCUAACCCAGAUGCCCUUUAGGAAAGGCCCCACGCCGCACAGCCGCAACCCCCCUGGCAGGGCUCCCAGCGAUCCCCUCACAGCCUGUCUGGACGCCGAGAGUACGUACAUUUGUACCGCCUUCAAUCCGAGAUGUUACAUUAUCCAGAAGGUGAACCAGUCUGGUCUGCCCAUAUCUCCGCCCCUGUACGGCCCAUCGACGUGCGGUGCCUUCUCAAAUGAAAUCGAAGGAAGUGGUCUGGAUUCUAAUGUAAAUUUAGGUGCUCACGGUUGGGAUCAUUGCCAGUCAACGCCGCAUCCGGAUUAUCCGUGUCAUCAUUCUCUGGACGGUAAGAUUGAGCGAUCAUUUCGAACGCAAAAUAUACGAAACGCGUCGAGUUUUGCGAUUUCAAUUAAACUUUCCGCCUCGGGCUUUGUACGGUUCGGUCAUAGGAGGCUAGGUGGCGCCACGUGUCGUAUUUUUGUCCGAUUUACCAGUUCUCUGUGGCAUGUGCCCCUGCGACGGCCAUUUUGCCAGUUCGGUGUGAAAUUGUGUUGAGUUUUGCAAAGUAAUUAAAAGCGGUAAGCUAAACUCUCUGUUGAUUGUGUAGGUUAAUUUGUGUUUUGACGAGGUGCGUCGAAGCUGUCGCGAUUCGCGUGCCAAAAACCGACAAUCGACGACGAAAACAUCUGCGGCGGCUAAUCUAUGUCCCGUGCCUCCUAGGACAACCUAAACCGAUAGGCACAUGCUUUCGGCUUAAAAAUUUGCGAAACUACGUCGUGUUGGACGGUUUAUUUUGCCAAAUUGAGUGAGUUUGUUCUGAACGAGGCCUGCUGUCCCUUCUCAGGUAGUAAUUAUAGAGAAAUUUCGGUUUAUUUUCGAAUUUUAUAGUACACUUUUUGCGCCUGCCAGGGCAGUUCGUUACUCGUUACGUGUUGAGGGGGCAUUUGAUCGCAUUGCCGUCUUCGUUUUCGUCGGUAAUUGCCAAUAGCACGUACCUUCUCCAAUUUGAAGUUGACAGAUAUGUGUCAACACGAAAAUAUGCCAACCGAUUGGUAAAAUUAAACUUGUGGCGAUUCCUCGGUCUCCGAAACCCAAAUUGGAAUUUAGUGUCGGUCAGUUUCAGUUCGUGGAUUUUUCGUACGGAAAUGCAUUUUCGUAAAUGCUAUUACGGCUGCUAGAAACGGUUCUCAGUUGGUUCAGUGUAAAUGACCUUGACGUAAAAUAUUACACCCAUCACUUUCAAAAUAAGGUUAGGUUCCACUUCUGCUGCUACUGUCACCACCUUUAAUACCAUGCAUGGUAUGUACUAUGUUUUAUAAUAUUUAAAUUUAUCUGUCUUGCCUUUUGUACCUGUAACUUUCACUAUAUUCUUUUUCCUAUAGAUUUAAUGUUACGAUUAAAAAAUCCACGCCAAACUGUCAGUGAAUGAUUUGGCAGAAAUACUUGAAAUUCUAGACCUUUAUUUCACUUUGUUUUCCAUAUUGACUGGUAAAUUGGGGUCUUAUAACAAUCGUUCUACUAAUCAAGCCUGAUUAUACGUUUACUUUCUAUAAUAACAAAUAUUUUAUUACUAAUUUUCCAUACCACAACCAUUUUAUACAUAUAUAAUUUUUCAUUUUUUAACAUCAUUUUGGCUUGCACAUUCUCCACAAUUUUAUUCUAAAGUAGAAAUAUAAUUAGAUUUGCCAUAUCUCGCAUUUCAAAAUGUUAUUCAAUAUCUCAAAUAAAUACAAGAUAAUCACGGCGAAACUCGUUUAAUUCAAACCUUUAUAACAUUUUAACAAAUUUAAAAGUAUAAUUCUAGGACUUCUUGAUUGAUAAAUUUCAAUAUAUCUGAAUAUGUCUUGAAUAAUACAUUGUAUAUAUUUUCGUGCAUCGUAGGUAUAUGACUGAUAACAAACUAAACUUACUUACUGAUAUCAGUUGAUCAACCUUUAACAUUAACUUAUACAUGUAUGUUCACAAAUAUGUAUUUUUAAGUGAAUAAAAUACACUUGUUACCAUGCAGGUGUUCAGGAAACUAUAUUACCUAUAAAAGCAUUUAAUUUUUAUGCAUUUUGUUUAAAUUUUUGCACAAUGUUUACAGUGUAGAAUAAUACUUAAUUCUA